AUGAGUUUUCUAGCCAAACUUGCUGAGCUAAAAAAGCCUGGUGAGCAUUUUCAAGGCGCAAAAUCGGUUAAGACAUCGGCUCAUGGCGAAGUUAAGAACAAUCAUAAAGUGCAAGCGCGCUCAACGAACAAUGAGACUUCAACGCUGCCUUCAAACUACGUCAGACAAGAGGAUCCUGCCGUCAAGCGGUUGAAGGAGCUGCGACGGAAAGAAAAGAUGAAAUUAGCUGCCAAAUCUGGCAAAAAAAUACCGGCGCCGUCGUCUGAUAGGAAGCGGAAGAAGGAAGAACACAGCAUGAACAACACAGACACCAAGUUUCGCAGAAAAAUCGGAGAUUUCAAUAGAAAUGCGAGGCCUAUGCAACCUGUGCAGCGUGCUCCAAUUAAAAAACUGAGUUUCGAAGAACUAAUGAAACAAGCAGACGAAAGAGCCAAAGCAGUAUCACAACCUAAUGCAUCCGCUAGUGAUGGACUCUUGGAUAGGGGAAAGCCCAAAAUAAGGCCUGUUAAGCUUGACUAUGCAAAAAGGAGCGGGUCUGUCAAAAAGAAGAAUAGCAUGCCGCUGCAGCGUUAUCAAAGUGAAAAGACAGCAGCAUCAACAAGGCCUCAUAUUUCAGUCCCUUCGCCUUCUAUUGCGCAGCCGAAUGCCAAACUGCGGAAGAAACUUGAUACGUUGAAAAAGACUAGACAAGCCAAGCAUGAAGUUUACGACGAGGAAGAUGACAUGGAUGAUUUUAUAGAGGAUGAUGAGCAAGAACCAGAGUAUAACCGUGAUGAAAUUUGGGCUAUGUUCAACAAGGGAAGAAAGAGAAGAGACUUUGAGAGCGACGAUGAGUCGGACAUGGAGGCUAACGAAAUGGAAAUUCUGGAAGAAGAAGAACAAGCAUCGAGAAUGGCCAGACUAGAGGAUAAAAAGGAAGAACAAUGGUUGAAGCGCCAUGAGGAAAAGAAGAGGAAAAAAUUCGGUAGGUCCUAA